AUGGAAGUGACUGUCUCGGACUGCCUUUCGAUUUUUUUUAUAAAAAGAAAAAAAAAGUUUCUUGUCAUCCCUCUACCCUUCAUCAAGAACGACACAUGGCCAAGAGUUUAAGAUCAGCAACUAAGAAGAGAACCAGAGCCAUCAAGAGAGAACAAGUAUUUAAGCCUGUUGAAGAUGCUCGUCUCGAACGCUUAGCAAAGGCACAAGCAGAAGCUGCCAAGAAGGAAAGUGUAGGUGAUUAUAUGGAAGCAGAAACAGACAAAAAAGCAGAAGAUGCUAUGGAUUUGGGCGAAAAGAAGAAGAUUUCUACAAGUGGACCUCGUAGUAAUCGACAUGCCAGAAAGUUAAGAGAAAAGAAGAAGAAGGGCAAGAAGUCUGCCAUCAAGUUUUAAAAGAUAUCAAUUUUUUUGUAUUGUAAAUAAACCUGUCAUUUCAUAAGC